GUGCUGGGGCUUAGGCGCAGCCUGUAAUGUACAGUAUUAUGUGCUUGAGUAAGAGUGUAGAUUAUGUACCGCUUUAAUGACGACGAGCCUAGUGCUGUACAGAAGUAACACGUGAUGUGGUGCAGUGCAAGAGGACACAGAGCAUGGAGAAUGAUGAAUUUCCGCCAGAGGAUGGGAUGGAUUGGUGUAAGCCUCUACCUCUUGCUAAGCGCGGCUGCCUUUUACUAUGUCUUUGAAAUUAAUGAUACAUACAACAGACUUGCGCUGGAGCAUGUUCAGCCUCAAGAUUCCUACAAAGGGGGCACAUGGACGCAUUCUUUAAAAGCUCGUCUGCUUUCCUUACCAUUUUGGCUGUGGGCCACAGUCUUCCUUAUCCCGUACUUUCAGGUUUUCCUGUUUCUAUAUUCGUGCACAAGAGCUGACCCGAAGACUGUUGGAUAUUGCAUCAUUCCUAUAUGUGUGGCAGUUAUUUGCAACAGACACCAGUCAUUUGUCAAGGCUUCUAAUCAGAUUAGCAGAUUGCAGUUGAUUGAUACUUAAAUCUGCAGCAUUUAUCACACAUCAGAUGCUCGGAUUGUAGCUAUCAACUAAAGAAAUGGAUCCUGGGGAAAAAAACUCUCUUAACCCUUUGGCUGCCAUACAGGGCUACACAACAAUAUAUGGUUCUCUUUUCUGGCUGCAGAAAUACUGACUAAAAACUGAGCACAGUUGAGUUCACUUUUAUUUUAUGCUUUAAAAAAAACCACAGCCAUUCUAUACAACAUUGCCACAGCCUUGGGAGCUAAAUAAUUUUCUUGAUUUAUACACGGAUUUCAUGUUUUAAUGACUUUGCUUCCAUCUCUUUAACUGUUCACUUUGCCAUAUAGUUUACGGUUAUUGUAAUAAUGUCUUAUCAGUCACGUUUUUAAUGAGGCAAGCAUCUUAAUAUUUUAUUUAGUUAAUUGUUAGAAACAGUGGUUAAUAGGAAACUUGUAACUUUAACCCUUCUGAUCUGAUCAUAUGUAGCUGCUGAUAUUUAUAAAACAAAUGACACACUUUUUAUGGUGCCAUCAGCGAACAUUUGGUUUAACUAUAUGGCACUUAAAAAUAUAUACAUAUUGAAUUUUCUCAUUAAGAGGCUACAUUUUAAGACUUUUCUUUCUUGAGUUUGUGUCCAAUAUGGUUCAAAUUUGUUCCACUGAGUGACUGCAGGAUUAUUUUCACUUUUUUUUUUUCCACAGAAGUGUCUGUUGGAUGUACGUGUUACAUGAGGAAUGUAAAUCAACUGGUAUUUUUAAUAAAUUAUUUCUUUGACCUAAAUAUAAUUACUCUGAUUUUGUAGACCUGCAAAUGAGUAUUUACUGUAAGAACCCCAUAGAAAGAAUGUAGUAUAAUUAGAACUAUGGAACAGAAAUAGUAUAUUCUUGUACAAUUGUAGUAUUCCUGUCUAGGGAUUUCUCAGCCAGCAAAUGCACGACUGCUCUAUGUGCAGGGAAUAGGGCACACAGAACUUUUCACUUGCUGUUAGUAUAUAAAUUAAAAAAAAAAAAGGCCUAGCAAUACUGUGACUGUACAUUAGGUUAAAUAUUUAAACACAUGUUUGGAUUGCAAUGUAGAAUAGUCAACAUUUUGAUUGUUAAAGGGACAUUAAAUACUUUGCAAUUGGAAUAUAACAUGUUUAACUAUGUGUAGUAAAUAAAAACAAAACUUUGCAUUAAACCUAAA